AAUGCGGUGCACUUACUCAAUGGUCGCGUACAGAGUUGUUGUUUAUUACACGCGCACAUCUUUAUUCUUCAAUUAAUUAAUUAAUUCCCUCUUGUGUAUAUACGAGUGAUAUAUAUUGGUAUAUUCGUCAAGAAUAUACGAUGCAUGGAAUUACUAGAGGAUAAAUAAUUCACAAGGAACAUCGAUAUCAAGCACGUUUACUAAAUGACGACUUUGUUAGGUUAGACUAGACGUAUUUGUAUACUGGAUAAACCGAGAUGAAUUGUUUCUGUAAAAUUGUUUCGCAAACGAGAAGCGUGUACACUAAUUGCAUGCUAUUGAAAGAGACUCCGCGGAAUUUGAAGGGCAAGAAACACAGUUCGCAGCUAUGGUUAAUGAGGCAAAUACGUGAUCCUUAUGUGGAGAAGGCGAAACAGGAAAAUUACAGAUGCAGAAGCGCGUUCAAGCUACUGCAAAUCAACGAGAAAUACAAAAUUUUCUGUCCGGGUCUGACUGUCAUUGAUUGCGGAGCAGCACCUGGUAGCUGGACGCAAGUCGCCACCAAUUUAACUAAUUCACACGCCAAAAGUCAAGGUCCCAUUGGCAAGGUAUACGCUAUUGAUAAACUGCCAUUUUUUCCUGUGGAAGGUGCGACCGUCUUGGGAAAUAUGGAUUUUACAAUCACCAAGACGCAGGAGACUCUGCUUGCAUUAUUGCAAGGUAAAAAGGCCGAUGUCGUCUUAUCCGACAUGGCUCCAAAUGCAUCUGGCAUAAGAGCGAUAGAUCACGAUAAUAUAAUAUUAUUAGCGUACGCGGCUUUGAAAUUUGCACUGCAAAUCACUAAGAUACACGGUACGCUCGUUAUAAAAGUUUGGGAUGGCGGCAAGUCGCAAGAGUUGGAGCAGAAUUUAUUGAGAUUUUACAAUAACGUUAAGAUAGUCAAGCCUGACGCGACAAGAGACGAGUCGACGGAAAAAUUCUUUUUGGCCAGAGGAUUUAAGGGCCUGAAGACGAGCUGAUCCAAUUAAAGUCGACAUACAUAUUAAUUUUUUAUUAUAAGAUACGACGAAGAUAUGCGUGUGAGGACAGGUUGUACAAAUAACAGAGCACAAUAAUUUUGGUAUCAUACGAA